AUGUCUGUAAUUGGAGAUGCUGCUUUAUCCGCUUUCUUUGGGAAGCUGUUUGACAACUUAACUUCCUAUGAUCUGCUGAAGUUCUUUCAGGAAGAGAAAGUUGAUGCUGACCUCAAGAGGUGGAGGACAACUUUGAUGAAGAUCCAUGCAGUUCUGGAUGACGCAGAAGAGAAGCAGAUGACAAACAGGCUCGUGAAGAUCUGGUUGGAUGAGCUGGAAGACUUGGCCUAUGAUGUGGACGACAUCUUGGACGAGUUUGCUACUGAAGCUUUGGGACGCAAGUUGAACCCAGAACCUAGCACAAGUAAGGUACGGAAGAUCGUUGAUUCUUGUAUUGGUUCGAAUCGAAGUUUUGCUACCACAAUGCGGUCCAAGAUUGAAGAGAUUGAUACAAGACUGCAAAAUAUAGUGACUGAUAAGAAAGAUCUAGAGUUGAGAGAAAAUGCAGGCCUGGGAAGAACUGGAGCAACAAGACCGAGGGUGCCCACCACUUCUCUAGUGAAUGAAGGUCAUACUCAUGGCAGAGAAGAAGAUAAAAAGGCUAUUGUCAAGUUGUUGUUAAGCGGUGAAUCGAGUAAUGCUCAGCUCUCUGUUAUUCCCAUACUUGGUAUGGGGGGAAUGGGUAAAACAACUCUUGCCCAACUAGUCUAUAAUGACAUUGAGGUGAGCCAUUAUUUUGAGGAGAAAGCAUGGGGCUGUGUUGCUGAAGAUUUUGACAUUGUAAGGGUGACAAGAGAGAUUCUACAAUCUGUCACUUCUGAAUCCUGCAACGAUAAUAAUUUAGAUUUACUACAAGUCAAAUUGAAGGGGAAAUUAUCAGGCAAAAAGUUCUUACUCGUUUUGGAUGAUGUAUGGAAUGAAAACUAUAAUGAUUGGACUAGGCUGCGUUGUCCAUUUGAAUUUGGGGCUCCAGGGAGUAAGAUUAUCAUCACAACUCGGAAUGAUCGUGUUUCAUCAACAAUGGGCACUACUCAAGCUUACAAGUUGAAAGAGUUGCCAGAUGAUGCUUGCUUGGUUGUAUUUAUCCAAAACACAUUGGGGACAACAGAUUUUAGUGCAUAUCCAGAACUUCAAGAAUUUGGUCCUAAAAUUUUGGAAAGGUGUCAGGGAUUGCCUUUGGCAGCAAAAGCUCUUGGAGGCCUAUUACGUACUAUACAUUGUGAUGAGUGGAAAAAUGUGCUCAAUAACAAGGUAUGGGAUAUGUCAGAAGAAAAUAGUGAUGUUCUACCAACCCUUAGAUUGAGCUAUCUAUAUCUCCCUUCACAUUUAAAGAGAUGUUUUGCCUGUUGUUCACUAUUCCCAAAAGAUUAUGAAUUUGAGGAACAAGAACUAGUCUUGUUAUGGAUGGCGGAAGGUUUGGUUCAAGAAUCAGAAAAGCAUAAGCCGAUGGAAGAUCUUGGUGUUGAGUAUUUUCGUGAUUUAUAUAAGCGAUCACUUUUUCAACAAUCAAGUAGGAAUAAAUCACUCUUUGUCAUGCACGACUUAAUCAAUGAUUUAGCUCGAUGGGCAGCGGGACAGUUGUGCUAUUGGUUGGAAGAUAAAUUAGGUGGCAAGAUUUCUACAAAGGUACGUCAUUUCUCCUACGCUCAUUGUAAACAUGAUGGCAUCACAAAAUUUAAAGGCUUGACAAAAGAUAUGCGUUUACGGACCUUCCUACCGCUACCAACAAAUGACUGGACCUACUUAACAAAUUACGUUUUUAGUUGUCUGUUGCCACAGUUUAGAUGUUUAAGGGUAUUAUCUUUAUCUGGAUAUCGAAUUUUUGAGUUACCAAGUUCAAUCGGUGAUUUGAAACAUCUAAGAUACCUCAAUCUUUCUCAAACUUUGAUUAGAAGUUUACCAGAAUCAACAUGUUCUUUAUACAAUUUGCAAACAUUGAUAUUGAAAUACUGUGACUAUCUCACAAAGUUACCGAAGAAAAUUGGGAAUCUAGUCAAUCUUCGGCAUCUUGAUAUUGAAGGGGCCCAUUUAAUCGAAGAGAUGCCAAUGGGAAUAAAAGAAUUAAAAAACCUACAAACAUUGUCUAAUUUUGUUGUGGGGGAAGAUACUGCAUCAAAGAUAGGGGACUUGAUGAACUUGGAGUCUCUUAAGGGAACACUUUGCAUUUCACACUUGGAGAACGUGCUUGAUGUCAAGGAUGCAAGAAGGGCCAACUUACUUGGUAAGAAGAAUUUAAAUGUAUUAGUGAUGAAAUGGGAGUCCGAGCUUGAUCAAAGAGCUAAUCUAGAUAUUCUUGAGAUGCUACGACCUUCGACAACAGUGAAAGAAAUUUCAAUUGAUGGCUAUGUUGGUGCGAAAUUCCCAACUUGGUUUGGACAUCCGUCAUUUUCUAAUAUGGUGCUCCUAAGGAUUGAGAGGUGCAGAAAAUGCACAUCCUUACCUGCAAUUGGACAAUUACAAUCCUUGAGAGACCUUGCCCUUGUAGGAUUGUCUGCAGUGGAAAUCAUUGGUCUUGAGUUUUAUGGGGAAGAUUGCCCAAAGCCUUUCCAAUCCUUAGAGACACUUUGCUUUAUGGAUAUGCAAGAAUGGAAAGAUUGGAUUCCAUGCAAAGUUGAGUAUGAAGAAUUCCCUUGCUUGCGUGAGCUUUCUAUUUCUCAAUGUCCUAAAUUGCAAGGAAAAUUGCCUCACCAUGUUCCAUUAUUGGAAAAAUUUUCUGUUAAUGAAUGUGAGCAAUUGGACGUUUCAAUUCCAAACUUCCCAAAGCUUCAUGCAUUAGAAAUUAAGGGAUGUAAAGGGGUGGUGAGCAGAAGUACAGAUGAGUUAUGCUUUCCAAAGUCAACUAUUCUUUCUAUUCCAUAUGUGAAAAGCUUGACGGAGGAGUUCAUGCAUGGGUUAGCUAAGGUGGAAAAUCUAAAGAUAGAUAAUUGUAAGGAGCUAACAUCUUUGUGGCAGGAUGAAUUCAAAUCCCUUAUAACGCUGGGUAUAAGAGAUUGCUCAAGCCUUGUCAACAUCAGCUUGACAUCUACUUUAAGGAGACUAAAUAUUUAUGGUUGUAGUGGUUUGGAUUCCUUGUCAAUCUCUAAUUGUACAUGUUUGGAAAAGGCAAGCAUUAGGAGAUGUAAUUCUUUGACGUUGAUUUCAAGAGAUCAGUUGCCUCAAAAUUUGAAAACGCUAAGUAUAAGUAAUUGUGAGAAUUUGCAGUUUUUGGUAGAUGAGGGAGAGGCUUCUUCUAAUUCUUCUUCUCUUCUUGAGGACUUGUUUAUUGACAGCUGUCCAUCUCUAAAAUGCUUAUCAUCAAGUGGCGACCUACCUACCACGCUUAAAUGCCUUCAGAUUAUGUCAUGCAUAGAGCUCACAUCCUUAUCAUCAAAAAACGAGUUACCUACAGCUCUUAAAUCCCUUUUUAUUGAUCAAAGCAUUGUCACCUAUGCUGCAAAUGGCAGCAGCCACUCUUUGGGCUAUUUGGAAAUGCAGUAUUAUAGAGCCAAGCUCUUAAUUACUGCUACUCAAGGGAAGACUAUUGAUGCUACUCAAGCUCUUAAUUACUGCAAGCACAAGAUCAUGAUCUGUCAAGAAGCAAUGGCUGGUUUGGAGAUUAAGCAGUUAAGGAAGACAUUGCUGAUCAGCGUUCAUGAUUUUCUAAACUCUGGGUUGAUCAAAUCCCAGAACAAUUAUCAAGAUAGGAGAAGGAAACGGAUUUUUGGAGGGCUCAAGAUCAAAAGGUUAGCCUCGCUCACUGCACCAUCAUCAUUAAAUGAAAGAAAUCUAGGUGAGGCUGAGGAAGAGCAGAUCAAGCAUGCUCUUGCUAUGGCCCAUGCCACCAUUGCUGCUGCUGAAGCAGCUGGUACAACUGCUCUAGUUGCUGCUGAGAUUGUCUGGUUCACCAGCACCCCUCAAUAUAACCAUUAG